AGAAAUGCACGUACAGGUAAACUCGAAAAAUCUCACAACAGUAGAAACAACAAUCUCCUGGAAUAGGGAGUUUUAGGGGACUUUUUAGUUAUCCUGUUGGCAGCGUUAGAUGAUCUUCUUGGUCCUGUUUGCUGGUUCUCAGUGAUGACAGUGACAGAAUGAGGUUCAACGCAGCACACCUGGCGUUGCUGGCCAGGGGACAGCCAGGAAGUUUUGAUAGAGAAGGAAAGCUCAAAGUGUACCGAAUUCCUGCAAGCAAUUCCAUCAAACCUCAAGAGAUUACUGAGAGAUGGUGUCGGCUGAAAGGGAACCUGCUCUUUUUAAUGAAAAAACAGAUCCAAAAGUCUGAGCCAGCCGAGGUUAUAGUCCUAGAACGCUGCCACAUUGUGGAGAACAGAGAUAACAGAAAUGCUACAUUAAGCAUCAAGUUUGAGAGCGGAGAGCCAGAUCUAUAUCUUGAAGCCUUCACUAAGUCGGACUGCAAGUCCUGGAUUGCAGCACUCAGAGAGGCAAAUUCGGAAGGUUUGCAAAAAAGAAUUCAUCACCUUCGGCAGCUGAUCAUGGAGAUUAAGGGAAGCGAGCCGACAGACAGCCUGAUAGGCGAAGCACAGCAGGCAGGCGCAGCGAUGAUUCCAGACCCACCAAGGCUAGAGUUCAGUCUUGAGUGCAGGGAGCUUGCAGCAACAACCCGAGAGAGGAAGCCAAAUGCAUUUGUGCAGAUCUCUGUGAUAAACACACAGCAGCAAAGUUUGACUGUUUUCUCCAGCACGGAAAUAGUGGAGGGAACAACAGACCCACUGUUCCUGACUGGUGUGACUUUCCCACCAGAAUACCCCAUUUGUGAGGGAACUCGGUUCAAGCUAACGGUCUAUGAUGUCAAGGAUAAAUCCCCAGAAAUUAGAAGCUUCCUGGGCUGCACAACAUUUUCAGUAGGUGAUCUGGUGAAGUCCAAGGAUCAGCAGUUAACCCUCAGCCUGAGAACAUCAGAUGGUACCAACGCAGUAGGCAGCAUAGUGGUCAGCCAAUUGAGGAUGGGGGAGAUAGAGGAUGGAGAAGUGGACCAAAUUGCAACAGAUGCGCAGGGACAAAAAUGCACCUUCAUUUGUGAGUCUGCAUCACACAGAACCACAAGUGACGACAAAGACAAUAGCCAUUUGAUGAAUGCAGUAUUUAAAAACCCAGUCUGUAAAGUGUACAGAUUUCAGACUGCCGACAGCAAGUGGAUGUUUAUUCGAGAACAGAUGGCAGAAUGCACUCUAUCCUUUAACAUCCCCAAGCAGCUGAUGACACUUUACAUACAAGAAGACAUGAUGAGGAUACAGGAGUUGAAGGAGCUUGGGGACCUCUCUCCACACUGGGAUAAUCUUCGUAAAGAUGUGAUUAAUCACUGUAGGCAGAUUAUCAGCAGCUACCAGGAAACACUCACUGAAAUCAACAAGCUUACAGGCUCUUCUUUUAAACCAAGCAUCAGUAAAGCAGAGAAAUAUUUAGAAUUCAUCCCAGUUAAUCUCCACACGCAAAGAAUGAGGGUUAACUGCCCGAGGAAAACAGAAGCUGCUUACGAUGUCGUCACUGUUGGAGCCCCUGCGGCCCACUUUCAGGGAUUUAAAAAUGGAGGUCUUCAUAGGCUACUGAGCAGAUUUGAAGCAGAAAAGAAAAAUUUCAGCACAGCGUACCAGUGCAUCUACUAUUCACCUGAAAACACAUCUAAGGCAAAGGAGGUACUUACCAGCAUAAGCCUGCUGCAGCCCCUCAUCUCCAGCCUCGGUGACCAGCUGCUUCACUCUGCUCAACAGCACUCCUCUGACAGCCUCAAGGAGGCUUUGAAGACGCUUUCAGACAAAACAGAACAGUUUGUACACGCACUGAAAGACGAGCUCGUCAAGAACGCCCUGCUUGCACUCUACACAGCUCAACCUGGCUAUGUCAGUAAGAGGCAUUCGACGAUUUGUAACCAUGUUGACGAAAGCAGCCCCACGCCAAAAGAAGACACCUCCACGCCACCUCCUCUGAAGCGACAGGACUCCAUACCUCAUCAUUCUGAAUAUGACGAGGAAGAGUGGGACAGGGUUUGGGUGAAUGUAGCAAUGAGCUUAAACUGCAUCAUUGCCAUGGUGGACAGGCUACUAGAGCAUGAAAAUAAUAAUCAGGAAGCUGGAGCGGAUCCUUCGCUAGCAGAUGUCAUCACUUCACAUACUAAUGGUGACUGGCAUGAGCAGCUGUACCCUCUGGUGGUGACACUGAAGGACUGCGUCAAAGAAGUUGUUCAUCGAGCCAAGAAGUCUAUGGCAUUUGUUUUGCUGCAGGAAGCGGCAUGCAGCAUUCCUCAAGGCCUUUUUCUAAAGCAGAGGAGAGAUGUGGUCUUUAGUCAAGCACUCGCAGCUGUUGCCUGUGGGUUUGUGAUGAGAUUGUACGCGGGUCUUGAUGAUAAAGGCUUCCUGCAGCAGCUUCACACAGUUGGACUUAUAGCACAGUUUGAAAGCCUUCUAAGUACAUAUAGCGACGAGGUUGGGAUGCUGGAGGAUAUGGAGGUUGGCAUUUCAGAUUUGCGGAGAGUGACAUUUAGAAUUGCUGAAGCCAAAUCUGAUGAACCCAGUGAUCUGCAGCCCAUUGUGACUGGAAGGCGGGACUAUUAUACUGUUGAAGUGCCAUUACCACGAGAGGUGUUUGAGGGACUACCCAAUGAGAUCAAAGAAGGCAAGCCAUUACAUGUGUAUCCAGUACUCUUUAAUAUUGGCAUAAAUCAGCAGCAGACACUGGCAGAGAGGUUUGGUGACAUCUCUUUACAAGAAAGAAUCAACCAGGAAAACUUCAAGAUUUUAAAUGAAUAUUACAGAAUAUUAAGUGAAAAAGUGCCACUGGAAUGUUUACCUAGAUUUCAAACUCAAACAGACUUGAAAGAAUUACUUGAAAUCCUCCAUCAGAACAUUCAAAUAAAGAAGAGAAAGAAUGUGGAAAUACUGUGGCUUGCAGGAACAAUUUGCCGUAGGAUGAAUGGAAUCCGCUUUACCAGCUGCAAAAGUGCCAAAGACAGAACGUCCAUGUCCGUCACGCUGGAGCAGUGUGCGCUGCUGAGGGACGAACACGAACUGAGCAAGGACUAUUUCAUCCGAGCGCUGGACUGCAUGCGUAGAGAAGGAUGCCGGAUUGAGAAUGUGCAGAAGAAUAUCCGGUGUAGGAAGUAUGCUUUCAACAUGCUGCAGCUGAUGGCUUUUCCAAAGUUCUACAGGCCUCCAGAGGGAACAUAUGGAAAAGUUGACUCCUAAUAACACUUGUUCUGCCCUUCACAGGUACAAACACUGGAAUAGGGUUAACCUUAAAUGAAAAUCGUUGUUAUCUUUGUGGUAUGUUGGGUUAUAUGAAAUAGAGUCUCCCAUCACAUAGAGCACUGUGAGCUAAUUCACAGCUAGAUUAGAAAGAAUAUACAAAGGAAAAUAUCAGGAGGGUAGCAAAUAAAACCUGGAAUCAAUCAAAUUGCUAAGCAAUGGGAAUCUUAAAUCCAGCACUGUAUAUUGGCAGACACAUAGUUUAAAAAUACUGUACAAUGAAGCAAUGAAGGAAAGAAAGUUUUUUUUUUUUUUUUUUACUUUUGAGAACUGAGCUUUCAGCCAAGAUAUAAACACUCACACACAUUAUAUAUAUA